AUGGGUCGCGAGCCCGUGCCAUCCUCAUUUGAGGAUAGUCCUCAAUUCAGAGAGGAGUCCUCCCUCCAAAAAUUCACCCGACGACUCAAGGAGGAGCCUCUCAUUCCACUUGGAUGCGCCGCAACAUGCUACGCCCUAUACCGCGCCUACCGCUCCAUGAAAGCCGGCGACUCCGCUGAGAUGAACCGGAUGUUCCGGGCCCGUAUCUACGCACAGGCAUUCACACUAGUCUCCCUCGUUGUGGGCGGGAUGUACUUCAAGAGCGAGCGACAGCAGCGCAAGGAAUUCGAAAAGGCCGUGGAAGUACGCAAGGCGCAGGAAAAGCGCGAUGCAUGGCUGCGCGAGUUGGAGGUGCGAGAUAAAGAGGAUCGCGAGUGGCGCGAGAGACAUGCUGCCAUUGAGGCUGCUGCUAAGGAUGCCGAGAACAAAGCACGGCCCAAGUCUAGUGAGCCUGAUGCGGCGCGGGCUGCGAUUGAGCCGGCGGAUGAGAAGAGCAUUGGGGUUUUGGAUGCAGUGAGGGCGCUUGUACAGAGGGGGCAUUAA